AUGUCGAGUUCCGAACAGGCCAGCACGAUAGCCGAAGAUCUAUCUAUCAAAAAAGAAACCGAGGCUAACCCCCAAACUGACAAUUCGAACACAAAUGCUGGCUCAAGCGACCUUGAUGCUGAGAAAGCUCCAUUCAACCCUCCCGGUAGUGACGCCCCCGAUGGCGGUGCAGCUGCCUGGCUCGUUGUGUUUGGUGCUUGGUGCACCUCAUUCUGCAGUUUUGGAUGGCUGAACAGUGUGGGAGUGUUUCAAGAAUACUACGAGGAUACGCUGCUCUCUGAUUACUCGGCGGGGACCAUAUCGUGGAUUCCAUCGCUGCAAAUAUUCUUCAUGAUGGGCAUGGGACCCGUUGUCGGCGCUAUUUAUGACCGUUAUGGACCGCGGCAUCUCCUUUUUUUCGGCAGUAUACUUCAUAUAUUCGGCAUCAUGAUGGCCUCUCUGGGUACUGAAUACUAUCAAAUCAUUCUUGCACAAGGACUAUGCUCCGCCAUUGGUGUCUCGGCAAUCUUCCAGCCUUCUGUCAACUGCACGGCUGGAUGGUUCAAUCAGAACCGUGGUGCAGCCUUGGGAGUUCUCUUUACCGGUUCGAGUAUUGGCGGCAUCGUUCUCCCUAUCGCGUUGACACAUCUCAUAAACGAAGUCGGAUUUGGCUGGUCCAUGAGAAUUUGCGCAUUUAUCAUGCUAUUUCUUCUGAUACUAGCCAAUCUGACUAUACGCCCCUACCGACCUCCUCAACAAACACAAAAAAUCACCUGGGCCCAGCUCGCCAAGCCGUUCAGAGAGACCCAGUUUAUUCUCAUCGUCAUCGGCUUCUUCCUUUUCAGCUACGGAUUCUUCGCAGUUGUGAAUUAUCUACCUGUUCAAGCCGUCAGCACGGGCAUGAACUCUAACUUGGUCCAGUACAUAGUUCCCAUCCUCAACGCCGGGUCACUGUUCGGACGUCUUUUCUCGGGAUUCCUAGGCGACAAGCUGGGUCGCUACAACAUCUUCAUCGUUGUCUGCUACCUCUCUGGCAUAUGGAUCCUGGCACUUUGGCUCCCCGACACAAGCACCGCCGCGCUCAUCGCGUUUUCUGCGCUUUUUGGCUUCUUUUCCGGUGCCUAUGUGUCUCUAAUCACGCCUUUACUCAUACAGAUCUCGCCAAUGGCAGAGAUUGGCUUUCGAACGGGCAUUGUCCUCUUUCUCAUUUCUCUUGGGGGCUUGACGACGAACCCUGUGAACGGGGCCAUUAUAGAUAGUUCUGCGGGUUGGUCAGGUUUGAAAAUCUUUUCGGGGGUGUUGUGUCUUGCUGGAACUAGUUUUGUGCUCGUUGCUAGGAUUAGACAAACUGGGUGGAAGGUAUUGGCGAGGUUUUGA